AUGGGAGGUUGUGAUGUUGAGAACUGGUUUGAGGUAUUGGACAUAAAGACUCAGACUUGGAGAGCCUUGCCGAGUGAGCUAUGCAGUAGCAAUAUUAAGGUUUAUCAUGAUGCUUUUGAAGGAAAGCUUUACGUAGCGUCAGAUGAAAUUGACUACACUUAUGAGCCCAAAGAUGCUACAUGGAAACUGCUAGUAUCAUCAUCAUCUUUACAAAAACUUUACUCUCUCUCUCUGUUUCUUGUCUUAGUUUUCACAAAGAUUCUCUACUCGGAGAUUACAGAGAGAGUUAGGAGAAAGAGAGAGACAUGUGGGGGAAGAGAUCUUGAAGCAAUGACGGCGAGCUCUGCGGUUAUAUCGUCUGGGAUGUUCAGAAGUUACCACCAGCCGGUGAUAGUCACGACGGAGGUGAAACCAGUUUUAAGGUCGAGAGUGAAGUGCCAAGUGUCAUCUGUAAAACCCGCCACGUAUUCAUCGAGACUCUCCACAGAUAUACCUCUCAUCGAGUCUCCUCAGGCUUUGUUCGAUGAGUAUUUGGAUAAUAAAUCUCGAGUGUUCGAAGCAAUGUUUCCAGAUAAACCAAGAAGCCAUAGACUUAACGAGGAAGAAUGGAGAAUUCAGAUGUUACCAAUAAAUUUUCUCUUCCUUACUGUAUGGCCUGUGGUGGAUAUGAGGUUAAGAUGCAAAUCCAACGGUCAAGAUUAUCCGCCAGAUGUACCAUUAGAUAUAACCAAAGUUGUUGAGCUCAACAUGAUGAGAUGGAAGUUGCAAGGGCUUGACCGAGUAAUGGAACCAUCUGAUUUCAGUUUGGAAGUCAAAGGAGCAUUGUAUCCAGACCGAAGAGGAAAACAAACUAGGCUUAAAGGUCAACUAGAGAUGAACAUAAGCUUUGUGCUACCUCCGGUUCUUGAAUUGGUACCUGAAGAUGUUCGGAGAAACUUGGCCAAUGCGGUUUUGACAGGUUUAGUAGAGAAUAUGAAGCAUAAGGUAAAUGGGAGCUUGCUUGCUGAUUAUAGCAGGUUCAAGAAUGAAAGAAGAUUACGAAAGUAAUCGAGUAAGCUUGAGUUGAAUGUUAUUGUUUGAGUCGACCAUGUAUAGUUUUUCAAUCUGACAUGAAAGUUCAGCUAUAUGAGUGAGAAGCACAAGAGUUGUUUACUUAGCAUAGUCUAGUUAAGAAUACAUACUCAUUGCUUCUUGGCAUUUGGCAUUUACGUUUUUUGGGUUAUUGGUAUGUUGUUAAUACAUUUUUGUAUAUAUUCAAUCCUCUAUAUAUUAAAAGAGGGGUUUUUAAUUU